UGAGAGAACGAGAGAGAGAGAGAGAGAGAGCUGCAGAAGAGGGAUUUUUGCACGUCUCGAGAUAAAGAAAGAAAGAAAGAAAGAAAGAAGGCGAUGGCUCCUGUUGCUCCAAGAUCCGGAGAUGCAGUCUUCGCCAACGUCGACCGCGUCAACGCGGAGCUUUUCACGCUGACGUACGGCGCGAUCGUUAGGCAGCUUCUCACAGAUCUGGAAGAGGUGGAAGAAGUCAAUAAGCAACUCGAUCAGAUGGGUUAUAAUAUUGGAAUUCGACUGAUUGAUGAGUUUUUAGCGAAGUCCAACGUCUCCAGAUGCAUUGAUUUCAAGGAGACGGCUGAAGUAAUUGCAAAGGUUGGUUUCAAAAUGUUCUUAGGGGUUACUGCUUCCGUGAUGAAUUGGGAUGCUGAUGGAACAAGUUGCAGUCUUGUUUUGGAGGACAACCCUCUGGUAGACUUUGUUGAGCUUCCUGAUACAUGCCAAGGCCUAUAUUAUUGCAACAUCUUGAGUGGAGUUAUUAGAGGGGCACUAGAAAUGGUGUCAAUGAAGACUGAAGUCACUUGGGUUCGUGAUAUGCUGCGUGGAGAUGAUGCAUAUGAGCUGCGAGUGAAACUUCUGAAACAGAUUCCGGAAGAAUACCCAUACAAAGAUGAUGAGUGAUAUGCUACUGUAAGAGGGUAGUUUCAUGUACAUGAAGUGGAUGUUUUGCUUCUAAUUUUACAUGCAGUGGAUGUUUUUCUUUUAAUGUCCUGUUUUUCCUACGCAAUAUUCGAAUCAAGAAGAAUUCUCUUUAAUAUUUAUGUUUAUAACUCCCUUGAUAAUUUGUUGAGAAUUAUUCCAAUGACAUUACCAAAGUUAUGAUUCU